UAGAAAAUUAAGACAAAUUAUAGAUUCAUUAAAACUCAUUUUCACUAGAUUGAAUCAUCCAUCCAUCCAUCCAUCGAUCGAUCGAAUAAGAAGAAGAAAAAGAGUGCAAUAAUAAAAGCCCAAAAUGGACGUCCAAUUUCUCACAAGCCCUCUCCUCUGUGCGUCGUCGUCUUCAUGCCCCAAAGCCCACAUCGCCACUCUACCAGAGGUCGCAUAGUCCCUCUUUUCUCUCUCUCUCUCUCUCUCACCAAAACCACCCUUUUCAUUCUUCAAAUUCUAGAGAGAGAAAGCGCAACCCCAAUUGCUCCACCCACACACACACUCAAGGAACCAACCCUUCUUCCAUGCCUCGCAUUCGUUGCCGCACAUGUUAGGUUUUAGGGCAAAUUCGCUAUCGUUCCAAGGGACCCCCUUUUCCAAAACCCUAGGAGAGAGGAAUUUCGACUCCGGACGCCUUUGAAUUGUGCCCUAGGUUACCAUUUGCGCGUUCAGGACUACUUCGUGUACAAACAUUUUAAACUUGGAGAGGGGGCAGGGGUGGCGUUCGCUUUCAACUUGGACAUUUGGCUUUUCCUCUUAACUAAAUUUACUAGCAUGUAUCUCAAAGAGUUUUGGGGGAUUUGAUUAUAAGAUUCUUUAUUAAAUGGAAAGUUACACUCUUAGAUAUUAAGAGUGGGAUGCAUGGAUGUAAUUCAGGAUCUGCUCUCCUUGUAAAUGCUGAGGUUGAUUCCAUGGGAGGUGUUGUUGAUGGCGGAGGUGGUAUAGGUUUGAAAACCUCUCCGCGCCGAGCAGCAAUUGAGAAGGCUCAAAAAGAGCUCAGACUGGAGUAUGAUGUUCGUGAAGAAAGAAGAAGGGAACUAGAAUUUCUUGAAAAAGGAGGGAAUCCUCUGGACUUUAAGUUAGGGAAUGCUGCUUCUGUUAGUGUUCAGUCUACUUCACUCACUGAUCAGCAUCAAGAGCAGUUUGUGACCAGUGAAGCAAAAGGUAGUUUUGUAUUGACUGCCUCCCCUCAUGGUGACUCUGUCGACAGUAGUGCUAGACCAGGGGUCCCUUCUCUUAGUGAACCAAAUACUGCUGAUAACCUCUUGCUUUUUGAUGGUGAGAAUGAGCUGCCUGAAGGUGAAAAGAGGUCUCUACAUUCAAAUAAAAGGAAUAAUAUUGCUCCUUCAGAACAGUCUUCUCGAAUUGGUGGGAGUCAAAAUGCAAAGGAGACAGAAGAUUCUGCUAUUUUCCGGCCAUAUGCUCGAAGGAAUAGGUCCAAGUCAAAUCAUGGCCCUCGUGGGGCUUCAAGGGAUGGGAAGGGAAUAAUAUCUGAUACAAACAAACAAAAGGACCACAAUGUGCCUUCUGUUUCUAAGCCAAAGCCUACAAGUUUAAAUGGUGAGAUGCUCUCUAAAGAUCCAACAUCUAAUAAUAACCCACUGGAUAAUGAAUUGGUUGUUGUCGAAGCUCGUCAAACAGCUAGUGGCAGUGCUAGUGUUCCCAAAGACAAAUUGGAUGUUACCACGAAUAGAAACUUCAAAGAAGAUCUACGAAUUAUGCCUUCUCAAGAUGAUGCUAUACAGACUCCAGUUGUCUUGGUUUCUGGGGAAGCUAAAUCAGUUGGAGAAAUGGACCUAGGAGCUUCAGGUGAUCUUGAGCCUCCACCAUGUGCUGCUACUACACAACCUGGGAAUGAAUCUUGUUCUGGUCAGCCAAAUGGGUUUGGCAACAUAAAAGUAGACAGGAGAGGUGUACCAAUUGGAGACCAAAAUUGCAGUGCUGCAUUAGGCAUCAAGAAUUUUGAUUCAGAGUCCUCCUGCCCACAAACUAGUUUAGCUAGAGAUGUAAAUAAUAACAGUAAUGAUAAUAAUAUGUGUAGUAAUGCAAAGAAUAUUGAUGAAAAUGGAAAUACUAUGGAACAAACAUCGGAAUUUGAGAAGUUGAAUUUAACUAGCUGUGGGGUUGUAAAGGAAAGGAAUAAGACCAAUACUGGUGCUACUACUAACAAUGAACAUCAUGCUGGUUACAAAAGCCAUCCUGGUGGUGGUAAUAUGAUCAAAAGUGAGGAAGACAUCCAUAUUGAUAGUUCUUGCAUGCAAAACAAGGCAGAAGAUUCUUCCAAUGUUAAAGGACUGCAUCAUAGUGAAAGUUCCAUAUCAAAUGCUGAUAGAGAGGGAAGUGUUGUCUUGAUGGAUCAUCCCAAUCGUAUCAGGGAAGACAGCUGUGAAAGACGUAAAGAUGUGUCAAUUUCAACAACUCAAACUGCUCUGGUUGAAAAGGUUACUACUACCACCUCUAACUGUCAACCGAGUUCUACACACAGCUUGAAGUUAGCAGACAAGGCUCAUGAAGAUUCUAUUUUAGAAGAGGCAAAAAUUAUAGAGGUCAAGCGGAAGAGGAUUGCAGAGUUAUCUGUUUGCACAUUUCCCUCACAGAUCCGCAGAAAGUCUCACUGGGGAUUUGUCCUGGAGGAAAUGGCAUGGUUGGCAAAUGAUUUUGCUCAGGAGCGUCUUUGGAAGAUAUCUGCUGCUGCACAAUUGUCGCAUCAGGCAUCUUGUACUUCUCGGUUAAGAUUUGAAAAACAAAACAAACAUCUUGGGGUGAAAACUUUGUCUCACAACAUGGCAAAGGCUGUCAUGCAGUUUUGGCAUUCAAUUGAGCUCCUUCUUGACAAUGAUGUUCCUGAUCAUAAGUGCAUUGAUGGUUCAGUUGAAUCUGGGAACAUUGAUUCAAAUGUAGCUACUGGGGAUAAGAGGAGCAAUUCUGAGAUGGAAUUGGAAACAAUCAAAUACUUGGAUGGGCAAAAUCAGACAAAACAUGUGGCACAUAAGGUGCAUACAUAUGCAUUGAGAUUUUUAAAGGAUAAUAGAUCAUGUGGAAUUUCAAGUCAAGCAGAAGCACCAACAACACCAGAUAAAAUAUGUGACUCGGGUAUUGCUGAUAUGUCAUGGGAUGAUCGUCUUACAGAAGAAAGCCUUUUCUAUACAGUACCUCCUACCGCUAUGGAAGCAUACAGAAAGUCUAUUGAAUCUCAUUUUCUACAGUUUGAGAAAACUGGAAGUAGCAUUCAAGAGGAAGUUGAAACAUCUAUAUAUGAUGCUGCAGCAGAGUUUGGACAUGAAGAGAUUGCAUAUGAUGAGGAUGAAGGAGAAACUAGCACUUAUUAUAUGCAUGGUGUCUAUGAGGGUAGCAGAUCAUCAAAAUCAUUACAGAAGAAACACAAAAACAAGAUAAAGUCUUGCACUCAUAAGUCCAGUGAAAUUGGAAUUGAUUUGCCUUAUGGACACUAUUCAACUGCAGCUCAGCCAUCUGUGCUAUUCGGAAAAAGGCCUGCUAGUUUAAAUGUAGGAACAAUACCAACCAAACGUGUGCGUACAGCUUCCAGGCAGAGAGUUGUGAGUCCUUUUGCUGGGGUCUCUGGGACAGUACAUGCUCAAGCUAAGACAGAUGCUUCAAGCGGAGAUACCAAUUCCUUUCAGGAUGACCAGAGUACUUUACAUGGAUCACAGAUCCACAAAAGUGUGGAGGUGGAGUCAAUUGGAGAUUUUGAAAAGCAAUUACCUUAUGACUGUGGAGAAACAUCAGUUAAAACAAAGAAGAAGAAGCCCAAGAAUCUGGGUCCAGCAUAUGAUCAGGGAUGGCAACUGGAUUCUGUUGUUCUGAAUGAACAGAGGGAUCAUUCCAAGAAGAGAUUGGAUAGUCAUCACUUUGAACCUAAUGGAAGUAGUGGUUUGUAUGGGCAUAGUGCGAAGAAGCUAAAGACGACAAAGCAAUCCCUUGAUACUUUUGACAAUGUUGCUCCAAUGACCAAUUCUAUUCCCUCACCUGCUGCUUCGCAAAUGAGUAACAUGUCCAAUCCUAGUAAAUUCAUUAGAAUCAUUAGUAGUGGACGAGAUAGGGGUAGGAAAGCCAAAGCACUUAAGGUUUCUGCGGGACAGCCAGGUUCUGGAAGUCCAUGGUCACUAUUUGAAGAUCAGGCUCUUGUUGUCCUGGUCCAUGAUAUGGGUCCAAACUGGGAGCUUGUUAGUGAUGCUAUCAACAGUACUAUACAAUUUAAGUGUAUCUUUCGGAAGCCAAAAGAAUGCAAGGAGCGUCACAAGAUUUUAAUGGAUAGAAGUGCUGGGGAUGGUGCAGAUAGUGCUGAAGACUCAGGGUCUUCUCAGUCUUAUCCGUCUACACUACCUGGAAUUCCAAAGCAGGGCAGUGCCAGGCAGUUGUUUCAACGUUUGCAAGGACCAAUGGAGGAGGAUACUCUGAAGUCUCAUUUUGACAAAAUCAUCAAGAUUGGGCAGAAGCAACGUUACCACAGGAAUCAGAAUGAUAACCAGGAUAUGAAACAAUUGGUACCUGUCCAUAGUUCACACGUGAAUGCCCUUAACCAAGUCUGCCCAAACAACUUGAAUGGAGGUUUUUUGACGCCACUCGAUCUUUGUGAUACAAAUCAAGCAAGCCCAGAUGUCCUACCCCUUGGGUAUCAAGUCUCGCAUGCUGGUGGUUUACCAUUAUCAAAUCAUAGUUCAGCAUCAUCGGUGCUUCCAUCAGCUGGGCUAAAUUCACCAAGUCCAACAUCUUCUGGUAUUAGUCUUAGUAAUAACUUAUCAUCAUCUGGUCCAUUGGCAGCCUCUGUCAGGGACAGUAGAUACGGAGUUUCACGGACUCCACCUUUAUCAGUUGAUGAACAGCAGAGAAUACAACAAUAUAAUCAGAUGAUAUCUAGCAGAAACAUGCAGCAAUCUACCAUGUCUGUUCCUGGAUCUCUUUCAGGAAGUGAUCGUGGUGGUGUGCGAAUGUUGCCUGGUGGAAAUGGUAUGGGCAUGAUGGGUGGUAUUAACAGGAGCAUUACAAUGUCUAGACCAGGGUUUCAAGGAAUGCCUUCAUCAUCUAUGCUUAGUUCUGGGGGCAUGCUUUCUUCUAGUAUGGUGGGGAUGCCAAGCCCUGUAAAUAUGCACUCUGGAGUUGGUGCUGGACAAGGCAAUUCAAUGCUGAGACCUAGGGAGACUGUGCAUAUGAUGAGGCCUGGCCAUAAUCAAGAACACCAAAGACAGAUGAUGGUUCCGGAACUUCCAAUGCAGGUUACACAAGGGAACAGCCAAGUCAUUCCUGCCUUUAGUGGGAUGAGUUCUUCCUUUAAUAAUCAGACAACUCCACCAUCUGUUCAAUCAUACCCAGGACAUUCCCAGCAGCCACAUCAACUAUCUCAGCAACAGUCCCAUCUCAGUAAUCCCCAUCCUCUUCAAGGUCCGAAUCAUGCUGCUGCUAAUUCACAACAGGCCUAUGCAAUCCGAUUUGCAAAGGAACGUCAACUGCAACACCAACAACAACGGUAUCUGCAGCACCAACAACAACAACAGCAGCUUGCUGCAUCGAAUGCUUUGAUUCCGCAUGCUCAGGCACAGUCUCAACUUCCUAUAUCAUCACCUCUGCAAAAUAGUUCCCAGGCACAACCUCAAAAUUCAUCGCAGCAAGUAUCUCUUUCCCCUGUAACAUCGACAUCCCCUUUGACUCCCAUGUCUUCUCAGCACCAACAGCAGAAACAUCACCUACAACAUGGUUUCAGCCGGAAUCCUAGUGCUAGUGCAUUGACUAAUCAAGCCACAAAACAACGGCAACGACAGCCACAGCAGCGGCAGUUUCCACAACCUGGUAGGCAGCAUCCUAAUCAGCCACAACAUGCACAGUCUCAACAGCAGACAAAAGUUCUGAAAGGACUAGGGAGAGGAAACAUGUUGAUCCAUCAGAAUAACUCUGUGGAUCCUUCUCAUCUAAAUGGAUUAUCUGUACCUCCAGGAAGCCAAACUGUUGAGAAAGGGGACCAAAUCAUGCCCCCCAUGAUGCAAAGUCAAAACAUACAUCCUGGAUCUGGUAAUCCAAAUCAGUCAUCCAAGCCGUUGGUUUCUGCCCGUUCUUCAAAUCAUUCACAGUUGCAGCAAAAGCUACAUUCUGGUCCAACAAACACUUCAUUGAAACAACUUCAGUCAGUGGCAUCUCCUUCUGAUAAUAGAAUUCAAGGACAUGUUUUGUCAGUUACUUCAGGCCAUAUAGCUUCAACUCCACAGCCAGCUGUUGCUUCUAACCAUCAUCAACUGCCAUUACAAUCUCAGCCACAUUGUAAGCAAAGUAAUCAAGCUCAACCAAGUGUUCAGAGAAUGUUGCAACCAAAUUGUCAGGUGCAUUCUGAGUCGUCAAGCAUGUCUCAAUCUGAUUCAACUAACAUUGAUCAACAUCCUGCAAACAGUGCUUCACAAGUUGGUUCAAACACUGUAACAUCUCCAGGUUGUAUGGAUGCAGCAAGUGUAACUGUUGUUCCUCCUACUGUAUCUUCUCAGUGGCAGACAUCAGAAUCACCAUUUGAUUCCAGUGUGUCCAAUCCAGUUACUCAAGCGAGCUUUCUUGGGAGUACACCCGUUGGAAAUUCUGCUGGAAAUGAGCCAUCAACUAUUAGUCAAGGGAUGGGCCCACAACAAUUAUCAACUAGCUUACCUUCUCAUGCACAUAAUUCUGGGGGACAGUGGCAGCAACAACAACCGCCCCUUAAACAAACUUCAUCACAACCUAUUCUAUCUCAAAAGUCAUAUGAACCUCCAGAAGAACAUAAGCAGCAGCAACAGGAGCAGGAACAGCUUUCUCCCAAAGGUCUAGCAUUGCAACGCCAAGCUCAGCAACAAGUGCAACAUAUGCAACCAGGGCAGAGCAGUUUGCUUAUCUGUCCUCCUAAUUCAAAAGUGGAAUGAUGACUUCUAAUGGAUGGAGCAGCGGAGUGUGCUCGGCUCUGUCAGAAUUGGAAUCUGUAUGCCCUUUUAUCACCAUUGUACAGAUUAAGCGGUCAUACAUGAGGCUUUGGGAUAUAUGGAGAUAGAUAUCCAUUGUUUUCUCUAGGUCCUGUUUAAAGAUUAGGAAAAAUUGUAUUGGUAGGCAUCAUUGCUUACUUUAUUCUUGUUUCAAAGGUCUUGUAUAUUACCACUGUUUUUUAGAGGGUUUUAUCCCAUUUUCUCUGUAAAGAGACGAAUAUAGAGGUAUGUGUACAGGGUCGUCUCUUCUUUCCUUGUAAACCCCCUCCCCCCUACUUUCCCUCUUUUUUUGUCUUGUUCUGCCUGCCCUUGUGCAGAGGAACACUUUGUUUUUGUUCUGCUAGAUUAGUGAAUGUAUUAUUAGUCUGUUAGAUAACUGGGAUAGGAAUCAUUUUUAUGAGCAAAAGCCAAUUCAAAGUUUUGUGAAUACAAGAUUUCUGAUGUAUGCAUCUGCCAUUGGUGUCUGCAAAUAUUUUGAUAUUACUAGUUUGUAACCAUUUAAGUCUCUUAAAUGGUACAUGUCAGAGGUUAUCUUA